AUGUUAGGGUGGAAUGAGACCCACAAUAUCUCCUACACUGACUUCUUCUUGAUAGGCUUCCCAGGACUACAGGAGGCCCGAUCCUUCCUGAUCCUUCCAUUCUCCUGCAUAUACCUGGUGAUACUCACAGCCAAUGCCCUGAUCAUCUACACUGUGGUGACCCAGAGAAGCCUGCACCAGCCCAUGUACGCCCUCAUUGCAAUGCUCCUGACGGUCAAUAUUUGUUCUGCUACUGCCGUUGUACCUGCCAUGCUCUUUAACUUCACUACUCGCUACUACCGUAUUUCUCUUUCCUGCUGCCUUAUCCAGAUGUUCUCUGUUUAUUUCUUCAUCAUCUUUGACUGUGGCAUUCUCCUGGUCAUGGCACUAGAUCGCUACAUUGCCAUCUGCUAUCCACUGCGUUAUCCAGAAAUUGUGACAUGGCAGAUGUUAGCAGGGUUGGUGGGCUUAGUGACAGCACGGAGCAUAGGCACUGUAACCCCAGUAGUCGUACUGGCUUCAAGAGUGCGCUUCUGCCGCUCUAACAUCAUCUAUCACUUUACCUGUGAGCAUAUGGCUCUGAUGAAGCUGUCCUGUGGAGACAUCUCACUCAACAAGACAGUGGGGCUCACUAUCCGCAUUUGUACUCGGGUCCAAGAUAUGUUGCUCUUGGGUAUCUCCUACACACGCAUCAUCCACGCUGCCUUCCGGAUCUCUUCUGGUGGAGCCCGCUCCAAAGCCCUGAACACUUGUGGCUCCCACCUACUGGUCAUCUUCACUAUCUAUACCUCUACACUUUCCUCUUCCAUUGUCUAUCGUGUAGCUCGCACUGCCUCCCAGGAUGUGCACAACCUGCUCAGUGCUCUUUACUUACUGCUCCCCUGCCUUGUUAAUCCUGUUAUCUAUGGAGCCAGAACCAAGGAGAUCCGACAACACCUAGUCAAGAUAUUCCAGAGUGCAGAAACUUAG